AUGAUGGUCAGUGAAGGGAGAGGAAAACCAGAACUGGUGGUGGACAAUGAAGUCUCCAAAAAUGGAGAUCUCCGCAAAAGGGAAGGUGAGUUCCAGAACCGCUACACCCUGAUAACUGCCAAGCAGCGCGCUGGCGGCUCCAAGACUCGGGUUUUCACGGAUUUCCCGCGGAACCGGUUCCGGAAUCGGUCCCGACGGUUCCGCCCACAAGGAACUGCUGUGUUGACGCUGACUAAAGGAGAAGGGUUCAUUCCCCUUCCAUCUCUCGUCGUAGACCAACCCUACUUCGACUCCUCCAUGCGAGUGAAUCAGACAGCGCACGUGGGCAGGCAAGCUGAGCUUCACUGCCGCGUCCACUCCAUUGGAAACAGAACGGUAUCGUGGAUCCGAGGGCGGGACCUGAGGAUCCUGACAGUGGGUCGCUACACAUACACGACAGAUCUUCGCUAUGAGGCGCUGCACCAGAACGGCACCAACCAGUGGACACUUCGUAUCAGGUCAGCUCAGCCACGUGACCAGGGCACCUACGAGUGUCAGGUCAGCACGAAGCCAGUCAAGACCUUCAUUACCUACCUCAGGGUACUGGAGCCCCGAGGGGAGAUCCUUGGCUCACCUGACUUGUACGUGCAGAAGGGCAGCAUGAUUAACCUGACAUGUGUGUUGCAUGACCUGCCAGAGCCGCCUCGGUACGUGCGUUGGUACCACAGCAACAAACACCACAACAACAGAAACAUAAGCUACAGCAGCAGUCGAGGAGGCGUGUCUAUGAUCGUGGAGAAGGGUCCCACCACCAUCAGCUACUUGCUCAUCACUUCAGCGCGCGUAGAAGACAAAGGAAUGUAUACCUGCGCAGCCUCCAGUCUUAAUACCACUUCUGUCACACUGCACGUUCUUAAUGGAGAGCAUCCAGCCGCCAUGCAGACCAACGGGGGAACUUCUGUCUUCAAGAGCACGAGUCUACUGUUAUCUGCUAUCGUCGCCAGAAUACUGUGGCAAGGAUGGCUUCAUGGUACCUAACGGCCUUCAACAGACGGAGUUCAGACUUGAGAAGUAAGUGUCCACUUUCCAGGUCAUGUCGGGAGGUGUUGAGAAAUGUGAAAGUCUGCCAGACUCCAACUAGCUUUGCUUCUCCAUUACUGUCACCGAAUGUCGUGAAGACCAACAUUGCAGACAUACGAUAUGGCGAUAAACGACAUCAAGGGGAACAGAGGGAACAGCGCACACUUCCAGAGGAGCGGCCUUAGACCUCACUCACUAUGACCUUACUUCUCAUCUUGCCUGUGUUCCGUGUCAGUGGUUGUUCC